GUGAGAUGGAAAAUAGAGAUGAGAAGCUAUUCAUUUUCUCGUAACUCUCCGCUUUUAGCUUAAAAAAAAAUACCCCAAAAUAUAUAAAUCAAAUUGGGAUUAUUUUUUUUUUUUCUCUCUUUUCAUUUUUGAAGAUCUAGUUCUUCCUUUUCCGAGUAGAUCUGUAUCGGGUUCUUGGAACUAAGAUGGAAUUCUGAACUGUUGGAUUCUUAUCAAAUGAAAGUAUGUGCUGUGGAUCGGAGCGAUUAAACUCGAAGCUGACUCCAAGAACAUCGAAUUCUUCUUUCGAAGAUAACAGACUUCCUCGUGUGGAUAUGAAUCACUUGACUGUAGCAACUGAAGAUACUUUUGCAAGUCUGCUUGAGCUUGCUGCUAAUAAUGAUGUUGAGGGCUUUAAACGAUCGAUGGAACAUGAUCCUUCUGGUGUUGAUGAGGUUGGAUUGUGGUAUGGUCGUCAGAAAGGCUCGAAACAGAUGGUUAAUGAGGAGAGAACUCCAUUGAUGGUUGCUUCUAUGUAUGGUAGCAUCGAUGUUAUUAAGCUGAUUCUUUCGUCUUCGGAUGCUGAUGUUAACCGACUGUGUGGCCGUGACAAAAGCACUGCCCUUCAUUGUGCUGCAUCUGGUGGGGCUGAUAAUGUUAUCGAUGUUGUGAAGCUGCUUUUAGCGGCUGGUGCUGAUGUAAAUACGGUUGACGCAAAUGGUCAUCUUCCUGUUGAUGUUAUUGUUGUUCCUCCAAAGCUUGGAGCUGUGAAAUCAACUCUUGAAGAACUCCUUGCAAUCGAGGGUUCUGGGUUUGAUUGGAAUUCACAGUUGGCAGCCGUUGCAAAUUCCGACUCCUUUCCUCUAUUGCCUUUGAAGGAAAAUGGGUCAUUGUCAUCUGGUUCAGAUUCCCCGAUGAAGUCAAAGCCAAUUGAUGCUCCAAUUUCUUCAGCAUCAGAGAAGAAAGAAUAUCCGAUUGAUCCAUCUCUUCCGGACAUCAAGAAUAGCAUCUAUUCAACUGAUGAGUUUCGGAUGUAUUCAUUCAAGGUGCGGCCUUGCUCACGUGCCUACUCCCAUGAUUGGACCGAGUGCCCAUUUGUUCACCCUGGGGAGAACGCUCGGAGAAGGGAUCCUAGGAAGUUCCAUUACAGUUGUGUUCCUUGCCCUGAUUUUCGCAAGGGGACAUGUAGGCGCGGAGAUAUGUGCGAAUAUGCUCAUGGUGUUUUCGAAUGCUGGCUACACCCUGCUCAGUAUCGGACCAGGUUGUGCAAGGAUGGUACUAGUUGUGCUAGGAGAGUUUGCUUCUUUGCUCAUACAGCUGAUGAACUUCGUCCUCUGUAUGUCUCCACUGGUUCUGCUGUUCCUUCUCCUCGAUCGAGUGCUUCUGGUGCUACAGCUAUGGAUUUUGCUGCCGCCAUGAGUCUCUUGCCUGGAUCACCUUCAUCUGUAUCUGUUAUGUCUCCCUCACCAUUCACUCCACCCAUGUCUCCCUCCAUGAAUGGCAUGUCUCAUUCUAAUGUUGGCUGGCCACAGCCUAAUGUUCCAGCCCUCCAUCUUCUGGGAAGCAACCUUCAAUCCAGUCGCCUGCGAUCUUCUCUUAAUGCUAGAGACAUUCAAGCUGAAGACUUUAACUUGCUGUCUGAUUUUGAUGUGCAGCAACUUCGGCUAAUGAAUGAAUUACCCGGACUUACUCAGCCUUCAAUGAGUUCAAGUUCUUUUAACCGAUCUGGUCGAAUGAAGACCCUGACCCCAUCAAACCUAGAUGACCUCUUUUCUGCUGAGAGCUCAUCUCCACGAUACUCUGAUCAAGCGAUGGCUGCUGCUGUUUUCUCUCCGACCCAUAAAUCUGCCGUUCUUAAUCAAUUUCAGCAACAGCAAAACAUGCUAUCACCUAUAAAUACAAAUUUUUCUCCUAAAAGUAUCGAGCAUCCUCUCUUGCAGGCUUCUCUAUCUGGUAGGAUGUCCCCUCGAAACGUCGAACCUAUCUCACCAAUGAGCUCUCGGGUCUCAAUGUUAGCUCAACGGGAGAAGCAGCAACAAUUUCGUAGCCUAAGCUCUAGGGAGCUUGGCUCUGGCUCGGCUGCCAUUGUUGGUUCCCCGGUUAAUUCAUGGUCAAAAUGGGGAUCCUCUAACGGGAAGCCAGACUGGGCUGUCAAUGCCGAUGGGUUGGACAAGCAUCGCAGGUCUUCCUCGUUUGAGCUUGGUAACGGGGAUGAGCCCGAUUUAUCAUGGGUUCAAUCCCUUGUAAAAGAAUCUCCCACUGAGAUCAAAGAGAAAAUAGCAGCACCAGUCUCGGGUGAGGUUUCUAGCAUGAAUGCAGAUCCGGUCGAUAAUGCAGUGUUGGGUGCUUGGCUGGAGCAAAUGCAGCUCGAUCAACUCGUGGCUCAGAAAAACUGAAACCGUUUCGCUGAGCCAUCCUGAGGUAGAGAUAAGAAAAAAACGUUUUGGUAAAUAACAUCCGUAAUUUUUUUUUUGGAUUUUCAGAUUUUGGGAUUCUGUUAGUGAUUUGGAUGUUGAAGGAAACUAAAGAGGAACACAAAGGUGAAGCCAAGGUCAAUUUGACAAUGGAAACUUCAAUUUUCACCAUUUAUUGUUAUUAUUACAACAAAACAGUUAGAACAGGUUGAGGAUAAUCUCCCUCUUUAUGUUUUAAACGAAUUAUGACCAGUUUUAGGUGUUCUUAUUUUUUUUCCCCUAAAAUAUUUCUAAAUUAGAUUUCCAUUACUGCCAUUUCAAAAUUUAUGAUCCUUUGAUGAUGAUGAUGAUGAUGUAACAUUCAACUACAAUUUAUUGCUUAAUUCCUAUUCCAUAUAGCUUCAUUGUUACAUAAAA